GUUAAAAUGAAACUAGUGACUGGAGUCAGAGCAGAGCGUGAGGGAAGCCGGCACCGGCGAGGCUGCUUGCAGCCGGGCGGGAGCCCCCAGCCAAACGGAGCUAACUGGACUCUCCAACGGGCCCCGGUCCCGAGGCUGCAGCAGCUUGGUUUACAAGCCCGAACAGACGGAGCCCGAGUCCCAGCCCCUGAGGGGAUCGCUCUCUGCAGACCAGUUGGACCCCGAAACUUGAAUGCAAUACCCAGCCCCCUUUUUAUGCCUUCCUUUGUCACUUCUCUACCUUGCUCCCAGCGCAUUUUUUUCUUUUCUUCAGUCGUCAUUUACCAGAGGACACAAAAGUGGCUUCCGCGGGAAGAUUUGGAGGUGGUGGGAGCUCUUCUCUUUGAAGAGCGACUGUGUAAAAGGGGUUUGGGGGAAGCCGCUUUUUAACACCUUUGCCUUCCGGCCCCUCCUCCCCCCAGCUUCUUUGUACCUACCGGACGAGCAAAGCCCGUAGAUUGAAAGUUCGGGGGCAUUUUGCUGGAUAUUGUAGAGGAGAGAGGUGGAGGACCUCGUCCUCGUUCUGGUAGUUGCCUGGACUUGUACUGGCCGUUGGAAACCCUGAAGUACAUUUCCGUGUGGGACUUUUACAAAUAUAUAUUUUUAAAUAUCAGAUAAAAAAUAUAUGCUUUCUAUAUAUUUCUUGACGACCUGCCCCUGACAGCGCGAUGUACAAUACCGUGUGGAGUAUGGACCGCGAUGACGCAGACUGGAGGGAAGUGAUGAUGCCCUAUUCGACAGAACUGAUAUUUUAUAUUGAAAUGGAUCCUCCAGCUCUUCCACCAAAGCCACCUAAGCCAAUGACUUCACCUGUUACAAAUGGAAUGAAGGACAGUUCUGUUUCUCUUCAGGAUGCAGAAUGGUACUGGGGGGAUAUUUCAAGGGAGGAGGUAAAUGACAAAUUAAGGGACAUGCCAGAUGGUACCUUCUUGGUCAGAGAUGCCUCAACAAAAAUGCAGGGAGAUUAUACUUUGACUUUACGGAAAGGAGGCAAUAAUAAGUUAAUAAAGAUCUAUCAUCGAGAUGGUAAAUAUGGCUUUUCUGACCCUCUGACAUUUAAUUCUGUGGUGGAGCUCAUUAACCACUAUCAUCAUGAAUCUCUUGCUCAGUACAAUCCCAAACUUGAUGUGAAGCUGAUGUACCCAGUGUCCAAAUACCAACAGGAUCAGUUGGUAAAAGAAGAUAAUAUUGAUGCAGUAGGUAAAAAACUGCAGGAGUACCAUUCUCAGUAUCAGGAAAAGAGUAAAGAGUAUGACAGGCUAUAUGAAGAAUAUACCAGAACAUCCCAGGAAAUACAGAUGAAGCGGACUGCAAUUGAAGCCUUUAAUGAAACAAUUAAAAUAUUUGAAGAGCAGUGUCACACGCAAGAACAAUAUCGCAAAGAAUAUAUUGAGCGAUUUCGCAGGGAGGGAAAUGAAAAGGAAAUUGAACGAAUUAUGAUGAAUUAUGACAAAUUGAAAUCACGUCUGGGUGAGAUUCAUGAUAGCAAAAUGCGCCUAGAGCAGGAUUUGAAGAAACAAGCUUUGGACAACCGGGAAAUAGAUAAAAAAAUGAACAGUAUCAAACCUGACCUGAUCCAGCUGCGCAAGAUCCGUGAUCAACAUCUUGUAUGGCUCAAUCACAAAGGAGUGAGACAGAAACGCCUAAAUGCCUGGCUAGGAAUCAAGAAUGAGGAUGCUGAUGAGACCUAUUUUAUCAAUGAUGAAGAUGAAAACCUGCCCCAUUAUGAUGAGAAAACCUGGUUUGUUGAAGAUAUCAAUCGAGUACAAGCAGAGGACUUGCUUUAUGGGAAACCUGAUGGUGCAUUCUUAAUUCGCGAGAGUAGCAAGAAAGGAUGUUAUGCUUGCUCUGUGGUUGCCGAUGGGGAAGUGAAGCAUUGUGUGAUCUACAGCACUGCCCGGGGCUAUGGCUUUGCAGAGCCCUACAACCUGUACAGCUCACUGAAGGAGCUGGUGCUCCACUACCAGCAGACAUCCCUCGUUCAGCACAACGACUCCCUCAACGUCAGGCUUGCCUAUCCUGUCCAUGCACAGAUGCCCUCAUUCUGCAGAUAAAGAGGGAGUGGGAAGAGAGGUGGCUCUCUAGCAUUUUUUUCUACAGUUUUUAUUAGACUAUGAGGGCAUUCUUUCUACGUAGACUGCUUGUUUUGCACAAGAAGUGAUUCUGUGAAUGUGAAGUGGAGAGGCCGAGCAGCAGCCGGCCAGGAUGGGAGCGUAAGGGGCCCAAGGUUCUCUGGGACCCAGCUGUGCUGCUGCACUAGCAUAGGAAGCUGGAAGCAGAUGUUGUUUUUUUGGGAAUUCUGUUUCAUUGGUUAUUUGUUGUUGUUUUUUCAGCCAUGCACCCUCAACAGAACACAUUAGGUUUAGGGGGGGGGUUUGUAUCUGCAAGUUUCUGAAGAGUCCAUGUCCUCCUUGGGUCUUCAACUCUGAGAAUGCUGUUGGGGUGUGGCUCUGCGGGGAGUUGUGUUUUGAUCUGGCAGUCUCUCUUAACUUCCUCCCAAAGAGAAGGCUGUUUGGUUCUGUGGUAGAAUGGCAUUCGGUGAAAAAGACAACCAAAGUAAAACUGGGAGGCUUGGGAUUUCAUCUACAGACUCUCAGUUAAGGGGGUAAAAACCCUUCAACUGAAGGUCCUGUAUUUCUUAACCAACAUAAUUUAGGUGUCAGCGUCUCAUAGCUCCUCCCUCUAAAGAAGCGCUGUUUAGAAACCAAAUUGAUCCCAGCAAAACAAUGUUUGUUGCCAGACUAAGGUCUGAUGGAAGAAGGCAGCACUCAUGUCUGAAUGCACACUUCUGUACCAAAACUUGAAAAUAAAAGGAAAGCUAGAAUUUGUUAGUUUUAGCAAACACUAAAAUUGGUCAUUGUAAUCCCUCUGCCCUGCCCUUGUUUCUCAGAGGUGAGGAAUAGUGUUCUUUUUGUGGGCAUGGUGAGCUUUGAAUCAUAAAAUGAAGUUGGUGCUUGUGUGGUGUUUCCUUAGCCUAAAGAAUGAUCUGUUGUUUGAAACCUUUGUAACUUGUUUGUAUGAGUAAAGAAGAGGUGCAAUCCAGUGCUUUUAGAUGGCUUGAUAUACCAAAUAAUGAUAUAGAACAACAUUCUUAUAUGUGCUUCCCCAAGUUUAAAGGCUCUGCAGAAACAGUGAACCUGGUUAAUUACUCAUCCCUGUCCUGUGCUGGGUAGGGCUUCGGGGCAUACACAGGUUGCUAAGGCUGUAGCAGGAAGGGAGCCAGAUUGUGGUCAGGGACCUCAGUACAUCACAGACCCAGGGGCUCUGAUGUCCAGGGCAGGGUCAUACCACAUUACCCAUGUGCUUCCAUACAGUGGUUUCUGAAAUAUUUUUAAGGAGAUGAAAGGAUGGUUUGGAGUUCAGACUGUUAGUAGAAACCAUCUGGAAGCUUUUCUCUAUGCCUUUUUGUGAUCCUGCCAUUAAGAUGAUGUGCACAGACUGUCCUGAUUUUAGGCCAGGAUCUUCUGCACCACGUGGUUUAAGCCUUCCGGCUGAGUGGAGCUGGGCAAGUGGAGUUGGAGGCAGGCAUGUCCUCCUACCUCCAUUAUGCCCUCCCCCAUCAGUCAACACUCAUUUAACAAAUAGAGUUCAGCUGCCUCUGAGCCAAUCCUGGAACCAUAAUAGGCUCAGAGUGAGUCAGCUGUUUGAGCCCAAAGCUGUGCAGUCAGGCAUCCUAACUGAGCUACGCAAGCCAAUAUGUGGGUCUUGGUACAUAAGGCUUAUAGCUAGGAAAGCUCUAGUUUUGGGGAUGAAAUAAAUAAAUACUGCUUUUCCUGAACACUUAUCUUGGUGACAGGGUCUAGAAUGGACCAUGACAUAGAAAUUAGACAUAGAUGAAAAGUUUUGGAAAAACUUUGUUAUUAACAGUGAGAAUAGGAAGGAAAGGGCACAUCUUUGCCUUUUCCCUGGUUAUACUGCAGUUUCAGGAUUGAGUGAGGCUGACAAAAAUGAACACCUCACCCCCCCGUGUCACUGUUCUGACUUAAGCCCUUAACUGAUAGUCAACGAGCUGUAAAUCCCUUCCCCAAAUUGCCAGAUUGAAAUCCUGCUGAACGUUUUAUUGAGUAAUGGCAGGCUAGUUGCUGCUAGGCACACCUGGGUAGCCGUGCACCUGGUGUUGGACCUGCUUAUGCCAUUAGAUGCUCAGGAUUGGGCGCAAGGAACCCCUCCUUUCUGGUACUAAAAUUUAGUGUUCUGAAUGUCUUAAAUGAAAAUGGGGGUAAGGAUACACACCCGUAAGGUUGAGCUGUGCGUUGCUCCUGUCAGGCAGACAUUAAGGGUAUGGAGGAAGAGAGCUGGCGUCAUUUGUUAUCUACACUUGGGCUGGCUUGUGGAGAAGGGCUGAUCUUUUUUAGUUCUACAUUCCUUCACUUUUUGUUUCUUUCCUGUUUUUCAUUCUCGAAUUUGUUGCUUUGUGGGGACUAAGACCUAGGGAUCAUUUGAGAAGCUGAAAAGUAUCUUUUCUGACUAGUUGCCAUGAUUUUGCUUGAUCGUGAGUCAGUGGAAAUGGCAUAGGGACCAGUCUACUAAUCACUCAGAGGGGUAGUAUGCUGCUCCUUUACUCUGUGGUCUUGGCAGCAAGCCUUGGCCUCCAUCUGAGUCUAGUUCUGUGUCCUGUCCCAUGAUCUGGGCCCUGGUAUUCUCUCUCACAGCAUCUUAACUGCAUUCUCACUGAGGCAGAGGGUAAACAGAACAAGACCAGAGUGGCCCAUUGUUUUCCUGGCUAGAGAAGCCAGCUACCAACGUGAAAGCAGCUUGAGGCUGGCUGGACACAGGUCCUAGGCCUAUCCCAGGUGGAGCUUUCAUCACAAAACAGUGCUCUAUCUCCACCUGGCCAUAGAUGCUAAACCUUGGCCAUGGCUCAGGCCUCUACUUGGUAGCUGUGUCCUUACCACUGAUUUGGCCAAGGUUGAAGACUUCCAAAUACUCUCCUCAUUCCAAAUACCCCAUCUCAUCUCCAAGCCCUGAUGGGACCUUCCAUUUACUUUGGGCCUCAUGCGCUCUGGGGAAGCUUUUUAUGAGAGCCAAUGUGGUGUCUUCCAUGGGUCUCUUCUUGCUGCCAGGAACUAGCCUCCUGGGUCCUCUUGGGCCAAGAAUUGCAUCUGGGCAAUUCCUGGUUUUCAAGUUGGUCUCUUGUCAGUUAAGACUCCAGAGUGGUCCUCUGUGAGGCUUUAGUGGCCUCAAAGCAGCUGGGCCCUCUGCUGCCAACUGCUCAGCCUUGCUCCAGCUCCAGCCACUUGUGACAACCUUGUUUCCUUACAAAUUCCAGCAUGUGACUUUGGUGCCCUGUUGUUACUUGUGAAAAACCUAUUCUGUUGUCUUUGAUGUAGUCAAAAAAAUUCAUGUAGUUUACGUAAAAAUAUCUGAUUCACAAGGAAGCCAACUAUAUGUCUUGUGUUGGGACAGUUCAUAAUGUAGAUCCUAGACCACUUUUGCAAAUUGUUCUUGUCACCAGAUGUGUUCAGACAUUGCUGUGCAGUUGUAGGGGAGGGUGGGGGGAAGGUGGGGAGAUACUUUUUGGUCUUUUUGUUUUUUACCUUCCCCAAGAGGGGACUGUUUGACCAACUUGCUCCAGUAAUGCAAUAAAGACAUUGCAAUAAAGUA